UAUCGCUGGCUGACUCCCAGUUGCUAAAGCGGCUCAGCCUGAGGCGUGCGCGUGCCACGGUGAGACACGUCGAGUCACAAUAGUCCUCUUACUGGCCCGAGAAGUUAAGCAUUGAUCACGUUGAGCGCUUCGUGCUUGUACUUUCAGGCACAACGCCGAUGAUAGCAGUGCCGCUAGGCAUCUGCAAGUACUGGUACAACCCCGACUUUCUGAGCACAGUAAUAGGCAAGAUCAGACACACCAGCUGGCAUGCCAGGCAAUGUCAUCGACCAAAUUGCCCUUAUUUUCAUACUCCAGAUUAUAGUCCAGAAUUUAUGCCAUUGCGAUUCAAUACGCCGCACAACGGCCCUCAGGUACGCUACAUCCGACUGAUAUGCUGCAAACUUAGGCGCGUCUUAGCUUCCCUCCCCUCUACCUGUUCGGCGGAGGAGGUACUGGACUCCAGGAUCACGAUGAGAUGCGCGCCCGGACGGUCUGACUCGGCACCAAGCAGUACGUUGGCCCGGCAGACCGCCCGCCCUGGAGACUACGACAACUACGAGAAGCCCAACGGCGCUGCCCAAGUCCAUAUACCUCGAACAAUGCCGACGCCCCGUCACGACGGUAUUUCGCUAGGCGAUGAUACUGCCCGGGUAGCUCGCAGAGUACUAGCUGGCGCGCACGUCGCUUCUGAAGGGCGACGCACGUUACCACCCGAAGUGAUUCCGCCAGCCAAGCUAUCUGGAGGGUCUCGAGCGAGGAUCCGGGUCAACUUGCGGAGCAGGGACACCGUCAGUGCAUGAACAUACGAAGUAUGAAGAUACAAGACUCACAACGACCGAACCCAGACGCCGUACCGCACCCGUAGCGGAGAUGGUGGUGGAGGGGGGAAGAGGGACUG